AUGCCUUAUUCUCCUCUUUCAAAGCAUAGCACACCUCUAAGGGAGAGCCGGAAAGAGCUAGAUCUACAGACAAGGUACAACUUAAUAGAAAACCAACUGAGUUGCACACCUACUUCCUCAAAAGACAAAACACGUAAAUUGAGUAUAGAAACAAUCGAACUUAUAGAGGAGAGAAAAAAAUUAAUGUCAAAAAAUUGGAAAGACAGAAAACUCAAAGAAAGAGACCUUGCCGCAUUAAGUAAAACUAUUUAUAAAGCCAUUAAAAAUGACCGGAAGAAACACAAACUGGAAGUUAUCGAUAAGCACAUCAUAAAAUCAGGCGGAGUAAGGAAGGCACUUAAAGAGCUACGGGAAGUUACCAAGGAAUGGAUCCCCGAAAUCAGAAAACAGAAUAAAGCAUAUACUAAACGUAAGGACAUCAUAGAGUGUGCUACUGAUUUCUACCGACGUCUCUACAGUAUAGAAGUAUCGUUGCAUAAAAAGUUUAAAACGAUUAUUACAACACAUGACAAUCCCCUAUCUAUAUUAUGUAGCGAGAUGGGAAAUAGAAAAAGAGGCCAGAAGAAGCCAUCUAAGAAAAAAGUAAUUGAAGUAGGUUGCAAAGAAAAAUGUGAAGCUGGACCAAGUGGGAUAUCAAGGAAAACUCAUUCCGUGGAAAAAUCACGCCAAAUUAGUAAUAAUGCUUCCAUGAAGUUGUUUCAAUAUGAUUCUUCAUCAAGGCCAUCUACACCAGACCCAUUUAGUGAUGAUGGAGAGUAUGGUUCCGAUAACGACUAUGAUCCAGGAUAUGAUGAUAAUACAGACAGCACUAGCACUGUUAGUGAUCACACAAAGCAACGUGAAAAGAAACAACUAAAGAAACGUUCCAAGGACAACGCAACGAGGUCACAUGGUAAACGCAACUCUGAAAGCAGUGUAAGUAGCAGCUCUGAUUCUGACGAUCGAACCGAAGGCUUUAGCGAGUGCACGGAUGUAUGUGAUAGCGAUGACAACGAGGAUGAUACAAAUUCGAUAUUGGCAGAAUCUAGUGAUGAGAGUAUUUUUGACAGUAGAAAGAGAAAAAAGAAGGGGCAGAGUUCCUCUUUAGGAUCAAGAUACAAAAAACCUAAGAUCGCCAGUGCAGAUCAGAGUACCGACACUAUGUCGUUAGAUUCUGAGGCAUUGCUAAAUAAUAUAGAAAAUCUUGAAAGCUCUUCAGUGCAACUCGAUCCUGCAGUAUUAGAAAAUAUCUCAAUUUAUUCACAUAUCGAAGGAAGUCACUCCCAUACUAAUCCACAAAUUCAAGGUGCUGAAGACGACCAUGCUGCUGCAGCUGCUGAGGUUAAUCCCGCGCCUGCCAACCUACGUGCACUGGAACUAGACGCAGCUGCGCAGCGCCACUCUCCUGGUUCUCCUGCACCGGAUCUAGCAGCUGCUGAGGGAAAUCCCGCGCAUGACAACCUACCUGCCUUGGACCUGGAUGUAGCUGCGCAGCACCGCUCUCCUAGCUCUCCUGCACUGGAUCGGGAGGCUGUUGAGGGAAAUCCCGCGCCUGUCAACGUAUCUGCCCUGUACCUGGAUGCAGCUGCACAGCGCCGCUAUCCUGGCUCUCCUGCACCGGAUCCAGCAGCUGCUGAGGGAAAUCCCGCGCAUGACAACCUACCUGCAUUGGACCUAGAUGCAGCUGCGCAGCAGCGCUCUCCUAGCUCUCCUGCACUGAAUCGGGAGGCUGUUGAGGGAAAUCCCGCGCCUGUCAAAUUAUCUGCCCUGUACCUGGACGCAACUGCGCAGCGCUGCUCUCCUGGCUCUCCUGCACCGGAUCCAGCAGCUGCUGAAAGAAAUCCCGCGCCUGCCAACUUAUCGGCCCUGGAUCUGGACGCAGUUGAGCAGCGCCGCAAUCCUAGCUCGUCUGCAUCAGAUCGGGAGGCUGUUGAGGGAAAUCCCGCGCCUUCCAACCUACCUGCUCUGGACCUGGACGCAGCUACGCAGUGCCGCUCACCUAGCUCGUCUGCACCACCAGAACUAAACGCUACUGUAAGAUAUUCAACUCCGGCCAGCACACUUGCACUGGAGGUAGUUGCAGAGCGUGGCUUGUCCGGCUCUCCUGUGCCGGAACGAGAUGCUGCCGAAACGAAUUCUGCUCCUACCACUCCAUCUGCUUUGGAUCGGGAAGCAUUUGUACAACGCAACCCUUCUAUCUGUCAUGUGCUGGACCCAGAGGCCGCCGAAAGAAACUCCGUGCCUGACACACUCCCCGAGAUAAGUCCAGCGACCAAUUGCAGACCAAGCACUCCUCCACUGAUAAAUUAUGAUUGGGAACACACGAACACAGACAUACCUUCGUUCGAGUUUGAUGAAAGUUCAGCAGGUGUCCAGUUUGAAGUCAACCCAGCUAUGACAGUUAUGGAAAUAUUUGAUAAAAUUCUUAAUCCUAAUAUUGUAGACUAUAUUGUAACAUGUACUAAUACGUACGGGCGAGCACUAUGCGAGAAAACAAGACCUACUACUCGAAACUCACGUAGCUAUAACUUUAGGGACACAAACCGGGAAGAAAUCUUGAAAUUUUUUGGAUUAUGUUUGCUUAUGGGUCAAAUCAAAAUUCCUCAAAAACGCAAAAAUUUUACGUAUUCCGACCCACUGUAUUAUCACCCAAUUUUUCACUAUGUGAUGUCCGCUAGAAGAUUUGAGCAAAUCUUGAGAUGUAUUUAUGUAUCAGAUUUAGAUUCAAAAGGAAAAGAUAAAAUUGAAAAAUUUAUUAAUGCUAUUACCAAGAGCUUCAUGGAGUGCUAUAAGCCAUACAAACAGUUAAGUUUGGAUGAAUCUUUGCUUUUAUUUAGAGGCCGCCUUGCCUUCAGACAAUAUAUAAAGAGCAAAAAAGUACGUUACGGAAUCAAAUUCUUCGAGUUGACAACUUCUGAUGGCUAUGUUUUAAAUAUAAUGAUGUACUCCGGAAAAGACACAACUGCUCGAACUGGUAAAAAAUCUGAAAAGAUCGUCCUUAUGCCAUAUUUGCUGAAGGGACAUCAAUUAUACAUGGAUAAUUAUUACAAUUCCGUAACACUUUCGCAAAAGCUAGUUGACUUAAAAACUCACACCACAGGUACCUUACGUUCAAACAGAAAAGAUAAUCCCAAAGACAUCAUCAAGAAAAAACUCAAGAAGAAUCAACAUGUGUGGGUACGAAAAAAUAAGGUCUAUGUUUCAAAAUGGGUUGACAAGCGACCAGUUCUUAUGGUAACAACUUCAGUUCAUCCUCGGCUUAUAGAAAUACAAAACAGAUUUCAACAAAGAAAAAUUAAACCCGCAGAAGUGGCAGAAUACAAUCAACACAUGUCCGGAGUUGAUAGAGCAGAUCAAAUGAUCUCAUAUUACUCCUCACCAAGGAAAUCAAUCCGGUGGUAUAAAAAAGUGAUGUUCCACUUGUUGGAUGUCGCAGUAUGGAACUCAUUUUUUAUUUUCAAAAAAAUACUGCCAAGCCAAUUGUGA